CACAAACAAUUAAUAAACAAAAUAAAAAUAUUUAUUAUUAUUAUGAAUUAUCAAAUUAUGAAUAUCUUGAUCCUGAUAAUAACUAUAUCCUUCUUGAUAAAGAGAAUAUUAUUGAUUCCACUAAUAAUAUAUUUGAACCUGAAACACCAAAUACUAAUACAACUACUACAAGUAAAAAUACUGAUGAAAAUAUUGUCACUAGUGAUAAUAUUGAUGAAAAUAUUAUAAAUAAUCUUUUUUCUGAUAAUUAA